AUGGAGCGGGAGAGCAGGUCGAGGGCGACGCAGACGGCGGGGCAGAUCGCGACGGAGUUCUGCAAAGAGACUUCCUUCCACGGCGUCAAGUACUUCGUCAAGGAGGACUUGCACGCUGUCAAGAGGCUGUUUUGGGUCCUGUGCUGGCUCGUGUCGCUGGGAGCUUGUUGCUACUACAUCUACACCAACCUGAUGGAGUACCAGAGCUCCCCGAUCCUCACCACCAUUGACACCACCACUUAUCCCAUCACCAAGUUCAAGUUCCCCUCCAUCACCUUAUGCAACUUCAAUCACAUCAUGAAGAAUCGAUUUCCACCGGAGCAAGAGGAUGUCAUUGGCAAGAGGAAGUACCCUGAUGCUUUGUGGGAUAACUUGACGUAUCGUUUACGACACAAUCUCUUCAGCGACGAGAUAGGCGACGAACUCUACAAUCGUUCCCACUUGAAACUGAUAGAUCCACAUGCUUAUUGUACCAUCAAAGAGGGUGCCCAGAGUUGCGAUGAUAUGAUCAUAGCCUGCCUCUGGCGUUCGACAGGAGACUGCAAAUCUCUCUUUGUGCAGAUUCCCACACACUUCGGGUUUUGUUGCGUCAUUAACGUCAAAGGAAGGAGCAAGUCGCCGGUUUCCCUCACACCCUGCCCCAAGGACAAGAGCCGCAUGAACUCAGCCUCGAACACCCAGCUCACCCAGACCAGCACCGGGGUAAACAAAGGGCUUCAGGUGCUCCUCGACGCACAGAUAUUUCUUCAGGAGUCGCGGACGCCCCCCGGUCUGAACAACGAGGGUAUUGUCGUGUCUCCCGGAAACGAGGUCUUCAUCCCAGUAAGGGCGAGCUCAACCUACACGACCGCUGCCGCCCUUGGACUUCAGCCAAGUGCUAGGAGGUGCUUUACUGACAACGAGAAACGGCUGCUUCACUACCCUAAUUAUUAUUCCUACGAAGCUUGCAAGAACAACUUCAUUGCAGAGAAAAUGGUGUCUCAUUGCCAAUGCAGGGAUUACCAUAUGCCAGGUACUUUCGAAAAUUCCUACGCCUUCGAAGACUACUUACACAAGAACUGUUUUCCAAGGUGUAAUACUACUUCUUACACGACAGCCCCUACUUACGGGGCUAUGUUGCGGAGUCAGAUUCAAGAUCCUUUCGUGGGACCCAAGCAUCUUGUGCCUUUGAUCAAAAAAUUGUGUGAUCGAAGCUCCUCUGAUGUUGAGAUUCAGUCGACUGGUACCCAUUAUAAGAAGAAUGUGAACGCAACUCCAAGCCAAAUCGUCGGCAACAUAGGCGGACUCAUGGGCCUCUUCCUGGGGUUUAGUCUGCUUAGCGGGGCAGAGGUGGUCUUCUACCUGCUGGAAAUCGCCUUCUCCUGGGUCGCUGCCUGCUUGGGUCGAGGUCACGUGAAACCCAACGUGACCUAG